AUGUCACAUUCAAAUAAAGAAUAUUAUAGAGCUACAAGAAGAGGAAAGAUUAUAAAAGUUGUUAGAGAAGUUUAUUUAAGAGAUGAUUUGAUAUGUGGUCAUCAGAAAUGUCAGAGUUGUUUGGAGAUAAAGAAACGAUUGUAUAGAACCGUUGAAGAACGUGAACGUGCAGAGAGUACCUACUCAGAGUUGACUGGUGAAGGUGAUUCUCAAAAGAUUUUGAUUCUCGAUACCAAUGUUGUGCUUCAUCAGAUAGAUCUACUGGAGGAUCCGACCAUCAAAAACGUAGUCAUUCUCACAACGGUGCUAGACGAAGUGAAAAGUCAGAACUUCCCAAUCUACAACAGACUAAGAGAGAUCAUUAAGAAUCAACAACGCCAAUUCUACGUAUACUCUAACGAACAUUCAAAAUACACUGCAAUCACAAGAGAUAAUGGUGAAACUUCAAACGAUAGAAAUGAUAGAGCUAUUCGAGUUGCAACGGAAUGGUAUAGAGCUCAUUUGAAAAAGUUGAAUGUAAAUGUUUUGUUGGUGACAAACGAUAGGGAUAAUUUGGCGAAAGCAAAAGCUUUGGGUUUGGAUGGUAAAACUAUUCAGGAUUUGGUGAUGGAGAUGAGUGAUGUCAAUCCAAGUUUGGUCGAUAAGUUGUCGUCACCGGAUGAUGACGAUCAUAGUAAUAGCGUUGAUGCAAAGAAGUUCCAGUUUGCUGAGCAUCGACCGAUGUCUUUGUUGACCGAGCAAUUGAAACAAGGUCAGAUCUAUCAAGGUAUCAUUAGAACCGACCGUUCCAACUAUUUAGAAGCAUUGGUAAAGACUGAUAGUCCACUGAUGGAACAAGAGAUUCUCAUACAGGGUUUGGAAUCGAUGAAUCGUGCGGUCGACGGUGAUAUUGUCGCCGUUGAACUGCUGCCGAAAGCAGAGUGGUCUCGACCAUCUGGUGUUGUACUUCUCGAUACUGAGGCGAUUGAAGAUGACGAUGAUUCAAUUGCAAAGGAUGCUAGCAGUGUCUCGACAGCGGUUGGCGACGGUCAACCCACUGGAAGAGUGGUGGGAAUCAUCAAGAGAAAUUGGAAGCCAUAUUGUGGUGCCGUCGAAUUUAAGGGUGAUAUCAAUAGCGUCGUGACAAAUCAACAACAGCAACUGUUGUUUGUUGCAAUCGAUAGACGUAUUCCAAAGAUUAGAAUUAGAUCGCGUCAAGUCAGCAGUGUUGUUGGCCGUCGUAUUGUUGUGGCGAUCGAUAGCUGGGAGCGUCACUCUCGCUAUCCAAGUGGACAUUUUGUGAAGGAUCUCGGUCCGCUCGGUGACCGUGAGACAGAGAGUCAGGUGUUGCUCUUGCAAUUCGAUAUUCCACAUCAUCCAUUUGGUGCGUCGGUGAUGAAGUGUUUGCCACCACCCGAUAUUAUGGAUCAUGUUAGUCCAGCCGAUAUGCUGGGUCGUCGUGACUUGCGUGGUGAAUGUAUAUUCUCGGUGGAUCCACCUGGCUGUACCGAUAUCGAUGAUGCUCUUCACUGUAAGCGACUACCCGACGGAAACUUUGAGGUUGGUGUCCACAUUGCCGACGUCUCGCAUUUCGUGAGAGAAGGCGCUGCUAUCGAUGAAGAAGCAUCGCAUCGUGGUACCACUGUAUACCUUGUCGAUCGUCGUAUUGACAUGUUGCCUGGCGAACUCUCGAGUAAUCUUUGUUCGUUGAUGUCCAAUGUCGAUCGUUUCUCAUUCUCUGUGAUUUGGAAGAUGGAUCCCAAUGGAAAUGUGUUGGACGUUGAAUAUACCAAGAGUUUGAUCCGUUCAGUUGCAUCGAUGACCUACGAGCAAGCACAAAUAAAGAUUGACGAUGCCUCUCAGAACGAUAUUGUUGCAACCAAUUUGCGUUUGAUGCUGGCAUUGUCAAAGAAACUAAAGUCAAAGAGAUUCGAUGCCGGUGCACUCAUUCUGGCGUCGCCACAAGUCAAAUUCAAAACCGAGGAGGUCGGUGGUGAUCCAUCGGAUGUCGAACUCUACCAGAUGCGUGAAACCAAUUCCAUGAUCGAAGAGUUUAUGUUGCUCGCCAAUAUUUGGGUGGCCAAAAAGAUUCAUAAACAUUUCCCUGGCUGUGCAUUGCUGCGUCGCCAUCCCACUCCGAAAGCAUCGAGUUUCGAACUACUCUCGAAACUCGUCGAACAAAAAGGAUUCGAUUUCCGAACGGAUACAUCUAAGUUGUUGGCGGAAUCUUUAGACCUCUGUGUCAUUCCCGACGAUCCAUACUUUAAUACCCUCCUUCGUAUUAUGACAACAAGAUGUAUGUUCCCAGCACAAUAUUUCAGUUCUGGAUCGGUUCCAUACGAAGAAUAUUUCCAUUAUGGUUUGGCAUCGGAGAUCUAUACACAUUUCACUUCACCAAUUCGUCGUUAUCCAGAUGUAAUCGUUCAUCGUCUGUUGGCAUCGGCUAUCGGUGUAACUUCAGUCUCACUGAAAAUGGACAACAAGACAGGUAGAAAGACAACAGAGAACGCAUAUAUUAUUCGUGUAAAGGCAAAUGCAUUCGUUGUGUUGGUUCCACGUUAUGGAUUCGAAGGAACAGUCUACGUAUCGGAACCAAAUCAACCAACCAACUUUAUCUAUGACUGUACAAAGCAAACACUCUCCAAUGGUAGCCUUACAUUCCGUGUAUUCGACAUGGUUACCGUAGAGAUCUUUGUUGAUGACUCAAAAGCACACGAUCAAAAGUUAAUGAUCAAUUGUAUAAAUCCAGUACUUCCUAAUAUCAAACCGAAAUACGAUGUUGUUGAAAAAACCACCGCCACCAAAACACCAAAAGAUGAAAAGAAAAAGAAUACAACCAAUUCUAAAGAUUUAAACAACAGAAACCUAAAGAAACAAAAGUUAUAA